AAAGCUAGACAAACAUGCAGGGGAUUUCCAAUUCAGCUGCUUAUAUAGAAGCUGGAUGCAAAGUCCUCUUUAUGUCUCCUGUUUCCUCAGUCUCUGGUUUCUGCUGCUCCCUUGAUUGCAGAGAUGGCUUCCAAUGUUUCCUGCCUCUGUGUGAAUGUUCAUUCUAAGGAAUGGGAAUCAAUGACCUUCACUGCCAACUUGGAUGACAAAGUGAAGAAGAUCAAUGAACAUGUCCGAUCUAAGACCAAGGUUCCUGUGCAGGAUCAGGUCCUUCUGCUAGGCUCAAAGAUCCUAAAGCCUCGCAGGAAGCUAUCAUCUUAUGGAAUUGACAAGGAGACAACCAUCCAUCUCACUCUGAAGGUGGUGAAGCCCAGUGAUGAGGAACUGCCCUUAUUUCUGGUUGAGUCAGGUGAUGAGGGCCAGAGGCACCUCCUCCAUGUGCGAAGGCAUAGCUCUGUGGCUGAGGUGAAAGAGAUGAUCAAAACCAAGACUGGUGUGACUCCCGAGAAGCAGAUUGUGACUUGCAAUGGAAAGAAACUACAUGAUGGGAACACCAUGGCAAAUUAUGGCAUCGAAAGGGGCAAUUUACUCUUCUUGACAUACCACUGCAUUGGGGGGUGACUAUCCUGGGGAUAGGGUGAUAGUAGGAGCAAAAGAGCUUAUUUCCUUGUAUCUCUUACUCAACAGCCACAUCCUUUGAUGGCUUCUCAAAACUAUUGAGAAAGAAAUCAAUAGAAAGAUUAGAUUUGGAGGUGGGUGUUAAACUGCAGAAUACUUUUUAACACUAUGAUUCUUUGAUUCUAACAUAAUUAAGUGGCAGGAUUGUGUGUAUUUCUGAGAACAGAAAAUAAAUUUUUAAGGCAUAUUACAGAUAGCAUUCAGAGCCAGCUUAACAAUUAAUACUUUCUUGGUUCCUUCUGAUUUAUAGAAAGACUCCUGUUGCCUUUACUAUGCAAAAACAUAGUAAGUUUUAGGCUGGGAUCAAUGUUCUACUUAUUUCUGUUUCCAUCUAUGUGUAAGCCAGUGCUUUACCUAUCAUAUUACCAGAUAACUGUUGAACCAAAUUGAAUUUCUAUUUAUAGAGAAUAGUGAAAUCAUUUAUUAUGAAGUGAAUUAAUCAAUCUGACACGAUCACAAUUUAAUUAAUAAAGAAUUUAGAAGUUAAAUUAAACUACAGUACUUCCCCUCUUCUUAUUCAAAGCUGUUUGUUAUAAAAUGAAACCUGGCACCAUGCUCCCUCUUAUUCUCUCUGUCCUGUACCCAAUUAAAAAUGGUCCCAAUUUCUGGGGAUUAUGGAGGACAUGGAAAUAUAUUUUCCCUGAUGAUCAAGGGAGUUUUUGCUCUGUGGGGUUGGUGCUUCUUGGCUACAGAUUCUUCAGGAGGGAAUGCACUUUCUAGAAGGUGGGGGGUUGUGGAGCAAUGUUUGCCCUGCCUGCCUUAGGGCCUCUCUAGGUUAGAGGUAUCAGUUUGGGUAAGGGGUCUAGGGGUUGAUCUCUGAAUUGACCCAACACCCUGUCCAGGUUCUGGCUAAUAGAGCUUUUUCCUUUCUGGAUUCUUCACUACCAGGUUCUCUCUUGGGAAAUCAUGUCCCUUUCUCCAUCUUAUGCCCUUCAAUUAUUCCUCUGUCCUACUGUCCUUCUCUCAUGUUCCCUUACUGGCCACAUGCACAUUUUUCUCGCAACCCGAGACAUGUCUACCUUCUUCCCCACCAGUCUAGUCCCUUUCUAUCUUUAAAUCUUGCUCAAGAACCACCUCUUUGAAGAGUUUCUCAACCUACUCAGCAUAAACUACACUGAUGGAUGUUUCUCAUCAAACAUAUGGGACAAGUGUUUUGUGGUGGGCAUUCAUCACCUGUCUUAGGUGGGCAUUAGAUUGAACUGGUUUCCCUAUAUGAGAGACCAUGGGUGGGGUCUCCUGCAAGGCAGAGUCUAUGAUUUCCUCGUCAAUUUGGAGGACUUCUGAUGGCAGACACCAGGGAGUCUUUCAUGGUGUCUUACACCAGACAGGGAGAGAACUAAAGCUAAGUAUCAUGUCACUUGUCAUCUUACCAGCAUAUGGAUUCUCGAGAGGUGGUUACACUGUCUCCUGAGACUGGAAAGGUCUUCACAAAAUCAUGCUUUCUCUCUUUAUCAGCCUGAGGUGAAUAAGCCUCAGUGAAAGCCUGAGGGCCAUUUCCCCAUCUCUAAAUCUGCAUUUAUAAUAGAGGGCAUGGGGAUUUUUUUUCUCAGCAUAUGAACAUUUUCUUAAUAGGAUGAAGGAAUCUCCGCUAGGGUUAAUACCUUAGACUUCCUGAUGACAAAUCUUGUAGAUGCUCAUACAGAAAUGAAUAGCCUGAAGGAUAAACUAAGUUUCCAGUGGGCAUUCCCAUCCUUGGGCCCUGGGCUAACACUUUCUCCCAUACCCCACUGAGUCAAGUACAGCCCAACCUGCUGUCUCCACAGAGUGACUUCUCAGUAGCCUCCUCAUUGCCUGCCCCCCCCCACACUUUCUUAUUUCUGAGGGUGUAGGCGAGUGGGUUGAGGGCUGGUGUGACUACGUUGUAUAAAAGCAAAAGCAAAAACAAACAAACAAACAAACAAACAAACAAAAAACCUUGCCCCGCUCUCGGUGGUAGCUGUAUGUGGGUUGCAGGUAGGUGCAGAUGGCCAAGCUAAAUUGUCAGGUGGGAAUCCGCAUGUGUCCCUUCCACCCCACACCCUUUAUGCUUUUCUCCAGUUCCUGCUGGACCACAUGCCCCAUAGAGGAUGGGCCGCGGUGCCAUAUGAGUCCAGGAUGACUGUGGACAGCACCACUGGUAUGACCACGCGGGUGGUGAAUAUCUGGUGCUCGCUGAUGUUUCAGCAGGCCAGCCUAAGGAGCUCAGACAGCUCGCAGAUGAAGUUGUCCACCUGGCUGUGCACACACAGCGGUUGCACUCACAGGAGCUCCAUUUGAGCCAGGAGGCUGGUGAGGCCACCCAGCCAGGAGGCACCAGCCAGCGUGCUGCAGACUUGAGGCAAGAAGAGCUGGGCUAGCACAGUGGGUGGCCACCUGCCUCAGCGUCAUGCUCAUGGUGAAGCCUGCCUCUACCAGGCCCAGUGACAGAGGAAAUAGUGCAUGGAUGUGUGCAGGAGCAGGUCAGAAGGUAGCAGAGGGAAGAGAAUAGGCUGGAGGAGGGCCCAUGAAAGAAACCUAGCAGGAAGAAGUGCUCUUCUGUGCUGUGGUUGGCCUAAAGGAUAAAAACUCCCAGAAGAAUGUUUGGAAGGACAAAAUAUAAAAGGGCGAUAUUAUCCCCUGCAAGCAAAAGAAAACCUGGGCAUGUGGGGUCAGGUGAGGAAAGGGAUGGAAUACGUACAAUGCUUACAUAUGGAUUAUAAUCUCAUUUACAGACCUGAACCCUUAGUUUAGGAAGAUAGACAUAUAUUAGCAUAGUUUAGUUACUGUAUUUACUAGAUUCCAGGAGGGAGACAGAAUUCCCAUUUUAUAGAUGAAUAAACUUAGGCUCAUAAAGGCUAAAUUGUUCUAGCAAGUGAACAAUUUAGGGCUUGUACACAGACCUGUCUGAUUUCCAUAUCAGUUCUCUUUCAGCUGCUUCCCUGCUCCUGGUUGUACUCCUAGGGGCCAAUGCAGAAACCUAAUCUCCUUCCUACAUGAUAGUCUUUCAGGUAUUGGAAGACAGAUUUCGCUCUGAGCUACCCUACCCCUUCUUUGAAACUGUGUAGUGCUUACAAAUAAAUGCAAUAAACCAGGCUGGGUACAAUCAA